AUGUUGCUAAGUGAAAAAGGUUGUCAUUCUCUGUUUAUUUGUCUGUUUACAGAACCCGAUAGAGAGGAAGUCCAUUCUCAAACGAUGUAAGUUAUUGUCAAACCACAGUUUGAGAUUGAAGAUUUCAUAAGCUAUGUGAACUGCGAAUUGUCACUGAGUUGCGUUUGUCAGUUUAUCAGGCAAUCACAUUCUCACUUUGUAGUCAGAUGAUCUUACCGUAAUUCUAUGCAAUGGCAGGCAUCAGUUUUGAAAGGUUUUGUAUUAAGGUAGUCGAUUUGCGUUUGCACGCUUUCUUUGUGCAACUCUGAAACUUUAAUAAGACUGUACCUAGCUUCUCACAUAAUUUUUUCUCCACAGCAAUGUUCACGAAGAUUCUAAUGACAGCGUAAGUAGUUGCGUUGUGUCGACUCAUUCCCACUGGCAGAAUUUGUACUUUUUCUAAGAGAAACAUUUCAGUCACAUCUGCUUUUUGCUUUUUUCUUUUCUUUAUGUUUAGGAAAAUGGUGAGAAUGCCUCACUCCUAAUUCCAGUUGCUGUGGAACGAUAGGUAAGCUUCUAGAUUUGUCUAUUUUUUUCCUUUUCACGAUCUCUAUGAUGUUGCAAAAGUUACUUUUUAAUGGAAAUGUGCAAUGAACUUUUGUUUUCAGCAUCAAUGGUCAAUAUUCUGAAAGUGAGGCUGUCAGGAAAGCACUUGCCUUGAGUAUUGAAGAAAGUAGGUAAACGACAGUUCGUAAUGAUAAAACCUUUACUUCAAUGUGAUUACUUCUGCAUUUCAAGUUGGGUAAUUUUAAAUUUAUUUCUCAUUUUUUCAAAAUAAAGCUUUACAUUUUUUUCUUACUCAAAACCCUAAUCUGCAAUCUUUUUCUCAUUUCAGCAAAGAGCAUAGAAAAAUUUGAUGCUCCACUGUCUAUGUAAGUACUUAGCGCAAAUUUUAGUUUAGUUAAGCGUUAAACAACUGGUUUAAUUUAAUUCACUAUUUUGUGUUUGUGUGUUUUUUUUAAUUGUUGUGGAGCCUGCACUAAGGAUAUUAUUUGCUAUCUUUCAGCUACCAGUAACCCUCAAAAAGUCCUGCAAAGAUCGUUGUGAACCUCAUGUAAUAGUAGUAAGUGAUGGAAUGGUAAGGAAAAUAUACUUGACUUCCUACAAAAGCUUUGUUAAUAAAUGGUUCCAUCAAUUAACAAGUGUUUGAAGUUGGCUAAUUACGGUUUCCAUUACUACCACUCUUUAUCAGUUGCUUACAUUGGCCGAUAAGUUGCGAUCAUUUUUGUGA